AUGUCGGUCCGUGAAAAGUUUCUUGAGAAGUAUCCUGAAGGUCGAGUUCCUGCUAAAUCAACCAUUCAGGAUUUAAUUAAAAAGUGGCGUACAACAGGCAAUGUGUCCAAUAUGAAGAGAGACAAACAACCAACUGUACGAACACCAGAAGCUGUGGCCAAUGUACAGACCAUUAUUGGAAGGAAUGUGCUGAGUGUGUACCUGAUUGACGUGGUGAGUGGGUCAGUUGUGUUCUCGGCGGUUCACAAGCGCAGCCUGGAGCCUAUCCACUUAGUCCACUCCGAGAACUGGGUCAUCUAUAGUUAUUUCAGUGACAAGAGCCGCCGCACAGAGAUCACAACUCUGGACCUGUACGAGGGGAAGACACAGAGUAACACAACAGCAUUCUCAUCAGUGUGGAAUCCUAUUCAACCAAUGGUAGAGAGACAAUCCUAUAUUCUACCAGCUUCAGUGGAGAUGAUGAAAGAAACAAUAACAGAGAAGGGAAUUACCAGCAAACAUAUACUAGUUGCCUUGGACAAUGGAGGAGUUCUUGAGUUACCUUGGGUGUUACUGGAUCCUCGACGUCCCCUUGCCGCCACUCCAGAUCUGCGUGAGGAGGCUGUCAUUCCCUACGUACCUGAGCUGCCCACUUUGCCUGAGGCCAUCAUCAACUACAAUCAGACUCUGCUACGAGUGUCUGGAAUUCACACCUCUCCCAGUGGCCUUGAGUCCACCUGUCUUGUCACAGUCUACGGGCUUGAUUUAUUUUACACCCGUGUAGCUCCUUCAAAAACAUUUGACAUGUUGAAAGAAGACUUUGACUAUAUCUUGAUAACUGCUGUGCUGGUGGGACUGACAGUCUCUGCCUUCAUGACUAAGAGGUUAGCAGCAAGAAAAGCUCUGAAACAGGCGUGGAAGUGAACUCAAGAACUGCCAAAGAACUGAAAUCGUUAUUGUUGUUUAUGUGUGUUUUUUUUUUUUUUUUUUUUUAGGAAAUUUACAGAUUAGUAAAUUUGUCUUGUAAUUUGCACUGUAAGAUUUUAUUUAGGUGUGUAAGUUAAUUUGUGUCAAAGACCGAAGUAAACUAUCUUUACAUAUUUUAUGUGCAGAUUAAAUAUUUAUUAUAAAACUGAACAAA